GCGGGACGGGGCAGACCGAAGUCCCGGGGACCAAGCUCCAGCCCCGGCUCGUGGGCUGCCGGGACAGCAUCUCCCCGCAGAUUCCCAGGCUGUGGAGCGCGGGUUGGUCCAGCCCUCGCCCCCGUGACCGUACUGUGCCCUGCAACCCGGGAGUCCAGCUCCUGCUGCGGCGACGCGGCAGGUGCCGCCCCUUCUGGGGGACGUGGUCACCAUGUUCUCCUGUGUGAAGGCCUAUGAGGACCAGAACUACUCGGCGCUGAAGCGGGCCUGUCUGCGCAGGAAGGUGCUCUUUGAGGACCCCCACUUCCCGGCCACCGAUGACUCACUCUAUUAUAAGGGCACACCAGGCCCCACAGUCAGGUGGAAGCGGCCUAAGGACAUCUGCGAUGAUCCCCGGCUCUUUGUGGAUGGCAUCAGCUCCCACGACCUGCACCAGGGCCAGGUGGGAAACUGCUGGUUUGUGGCGGCCUGCUCGUCACUCGCCUCCCGAGAGUCACUCUGGCAAAAGGUCAUCCCAGACUGGAAGGAGCAGGAAUGGGACCCUGAGAAGCCUGACGCCUAUGCUGGCAUCUUCCACUUCCACUUCUGGCGCUUCGGGGAGUGGGUGGACGUGGUCAUCGAUGACCGGCUGCCCACAGUCAACAACCAGCUUAUUUACUGCCACUCCAACUCCCGAAACGAGUUCUGGUGCGCCCUGGUGGAGAAGGCCUACGCCAAGCUGGCAGGCUGUUACCAGGCCCUGGAUGGAGGCAACACUGCGGACGCACUGGUGGAUUUCACAGGUGGCGUCUCCGAGCCCGUUGACCUGACCGAGGGGGACUUUGCCAGCGAUGAGGCCAAGAGGAAUCAGCUCUUUGAACGUGUGCUGAAGGUGCACGGCAGAGGUGGCCUCAUCAGCGCAUCCAUCAAGGCUGUGACAGCAGCUGACAUGGAGGCCCGCCUGGCAUGUGGCCUGGUGAAGGGCCAUGCGUAUGCUGUCACUGACGUGCGCAAGGUGCGCCUUGGCCACGGCCUGCUGGCCUUUUUCAAGUCAGAGAAGCUGGACAUGAUCCGCCUGAGGAACCCGUGGGGCGAGCGGGAGUGGACCGGGCCGUGGAGCGACACCUCAGAAGAGUGGCAGAAAGUGAGCAAGAGUGAGAGGGAGAAGAUGGGCGUGACCGUACAGGAUGAUGGCGAGUUCUGGAUGACCUUCGAGGAUAUGUGCCAGUACUUCACCGACAUCAUCAAGUGCCGCCUGAUUAACACGUCCUACCUGAGCAUCCACAAGACGUGGGAGGAGGCCCGGCUUCGAGGCGCCUGGACGAGGCAUGAGGACCCGCAGCAGAACCGCAGUGGAGGCUGCAUCAACCACAAGGACACUUUCUUCCAGAACCCACAGUACAUCUUUGAAGUCAAGAAGCCAGAAGAUGAAGUAUUGAUCUGCAUCCAGCAGCGGCCGAAGCGCUCAACUCGCAGAGAGGGCAAAGGCGAGAAUCUGGCCAUCGGCUUUGACAUCUACAAGGUGGAGGAGAACCGCCAGUAUCGCAUGCACAGCCUACAGCAGAAGGCCGCCAGCUCCAUCUACAUCAACUCGCGCAGCGUCUUCCUGCGGACGGAGCAGCCGGAGGGCCGCUACGUCAUCAUCCCCACCACCUUCGAGCCAGGCCACACCGGCGAGUUCCUGCUCCGAGUCUUCACAGAUGUACCCUCCAACUGCCGGGAGCUGCGUCUGGAUGAGCCGCCUCGUACCUGUUGGAGCUCCUUGUGUGGCUACCCCCAGCAGGUGACCCAGGUCCAUGUCUUGGGGGCCGCUGGCCUCAAGGACUCCCCAACAGGGGCAAACUCAUAUGUGAUCAUCAAGUGUGAGGGCAAAAAAGUUCGCUCAGCUGUGCAAAAAGGGACUUCGACACCAGAGUACAAUGUGAAAGGCAUCUUCUAUCGCAAGAAGCUGGCCCAGCCCAUCACCGUGCAGAUUUGGAACCACCGAGUCCUGAAGGAUGAAUUCCUGGGCCAGGUGCACCUGAAGACGGACCCGGACGACCUGCAGGCCCUCCACACCCUCCACCUUCGGGACCGCAGUAGCCGGCAGCCCAGUGACUUGCCGGGCACCGUGGCUGUGCGUGUCCUGAGCAGUGCCUCUCUCACAGCUGUCUGACACCCACCUGGCCCCAGCUACUCUCACCGCCACUUGCAUGUCCCCACCUGGCCAGGGACCAGCCUGGGAACCAGACACUGGGGCCCUUUCCCCACUUUCCACUGACCCACUGUGUGACCUGAGGAGAGCCCUGCCCCUCUCUGAGGCUCAGUGUUUUGGAGGGCCCCAAAGCAUUCCCUUCUUGGGGAGUUUUCUUGCCUAAGGUUUAAAGUAGCUCUCUCUACCCAGUGGGCACUGCUGCUAAGGGACUAUGCGUUGAAAACAUUGCCCCGGGUCCCACUGUCUGCCGAGGAGUGCCAAGAAGAUGUCACUUGUUUACACACAAACUGCCAUGUCCCAAGCCCCCUUCCUCUCCUUGUCUUCGAGCUCCCAUCCCCAGGUCUUUGCUGUGUAGCUUACAGUGACCUUAAACUUCUGAUCUCCCGCCUGGCCCUCCCCAGCGUUGAGAUUAUAGGCAUGGACCACUUCACCAGUUUAUGUGGCUCUGGGUAAUGAAACCCAGGGCUUGCGUAUGCUAGACAAGCACUGCACCACCUGAGCUACACCCCAGUCCUACUCCACCCUGUGUUAGAGCCAUCCUGAAAGAACCCUUAGUGGGCAUGGGCAGGAGACAGUUGCUCCUUGUGUAAUGCUCGACGCCCAUCCACAUGGUUAUUCAGUAUAGAUGUGUUUAAUUAGGCCAAAGAGCUGACCCAGGCUUCCUCAGCCUCAGGGCUUCUCAGAGGCAGACACCUUCCAGAGGAGCAGGCCCUGAUUUUACUCACACACCCCCGAAGAACUGUGCCCAUACUGGUGAGAAAGUAUCAUUUCCCAAUCUCCAUGUGAGGUUGGAAGGAGUGGCCCGGGCCAGGGAGGUCGAUGGAGUGCCGUGGGACACCCGAGGGGGACACGCUGUGCUUGUGCGGAAAGACCCUGGGUUCUCUCGGAAGAAAGGACUCUGAGGUGCGUGGUGCCGGGCCUUCCGGGUUAGAUCACCUGCUGGGUGUCACAGGGAGGGACUUCCCUCCCCUUCACAGAGGCCUCUCCACCAGCACCCUCCAGACAGCCAGUGAGGGCACCGUGCGCUUGCUCUCCAGACCAAAAUGCUGCUUUCAGUCUUCAACAUUUGGUAGUCUUAGCCUUUGAAAAAUCUCCCAUGUAGAGGGAGGCCAGCCCCUACCUUUGCUCUUUUUAAACUCGUUUUGUCAGUCCUCUGCUUUUUGUUGAUACUGAGCAUUGAAAGGACAUGGGCAAAGUGGGUCCUUCUCAGAGGACCUCGGAGGAGGAUGGAGAUGAGCAUGUUCACUCCUGAGCAUCCUCAGGCUGGCUGCAGACUGCAUUCCUGAGGAACUCUUGUUUAGUACUGGUGCUGUGGCUCACAGGGUUCCCCCUGUCCCUUCUUCAGCUCCGAGACCAAUCUCAGUAGAUUAAAAAAAAGUACAUUUGGGUCAACAGUUCCCUUUAGGAAUGUUACUCUGUUUCCGGUCCCUACUGUGUGGGCCUCUUCAUGGCUGGAGGUGCUGGAUUCUGACUGCCAUCUUGCUCCAUGGUGCCUCUGCUCCUAGCCUGGGACCUGAGCCAUGGGAAGGGCUAGGCACUGAAAUUAAGAUAAGAGGACUCCUCCUGCACAGUUGGGGCUUCCCUUCAAGGACCUGGGCCUGGGACUGUGCAUGCCACCAGGAGCAAGUCACUUAACCCUCCUGUGCCUCAAUUCCUCCCUCUGAAGCGUGGGGCUGGUGACUCCGAUACGUGAGGACUCUCGCAAGAAGUAAGAGCAAGGCCACACCACUUCCUCUGUGUGUCUCUGUAUCGUCUACACUACGUGUUCACAGAAUCACUUCUCAGUGGCUAUUGCAAACAAAGACUGCAGUCAGGAAUGGAGGAGCAAGCACCUGCUACACCAUCUUGGGUCUCAGGGCCUGACAUGCAGGUCUUAGCUCAGCCAUAUCCCUCUGAGGCUCAGGCAAACCAGGACCAAGUAGUGAAUGUGUAGAAACUUCACUGGCGACUAGCCACUGCCUCCCACCUACAGCAAAACUAGGCCAGCAGCCCCGUUCCUGCUUCCUCCCUCUCAAGCUAGGCCAGGCUGGCUCCUGGCUGCGCAGAGACCUCUGGUCCCCAGGAAGCCUUGAGGACUGGAUGGAUGAGGACAGGGUGGAGCAGGGAGAGCAGUGGCUUUGCUCCCCCUUGUACCCAGGAAGCCUUGCGGGUGAUCAGCCCUGCAGUCCACACUACAUGGACCACCAGGACCUGGCCUUCAUUCUUCCAGGCCACCAUGCUCUCUGCAGUCAAGAGGGAGGAGCCCUGUUAUCUUCUCAGAAUAAAUAUUACUGCCACUCUAGAGAGA